UUAUGGAACACAAAAUUGACCUACUAUCAGAAUUGCCGGAACCAAUUGUAGAACACAUCUUAUCAUUCACCCCCUUGAAAAAAAUACUUCAACUCAGUAUAUUGUCCAAGAGAUGGCGAAAGGUCUGGACUUUAUUCCCCAUUCCGAUAUUUUAUUCAGAUUACCAUCAGUCAUACUUGUACGACAUUUCGGGAAACUCUAAAAAGCCAAAAAUCAGGAUGAACUAUGAGGAGUUCAAUUAUUUUGUGGAGAGAACUUUAGUAAGCAGGUGUAGGCAAAAGCUAUGUAUAAACAAGUUUGAUCUUGAAAUUUUGCUCUUGGAUGAUCCGGAUUAUGUUGUUGUGACCCGUUGGAUUGCCUAUGCACUCGAAAGCAAUGUAAAAGAGUUGUAUCUUGAAUUAAAAUACUAUAUCUCUAGUGCUGACGAGUAACGUGACGCUUAUCCGAUACCUGAGAGUAUUCUAAGAGCAAAAUCAAUAAUCUUGUUGAACUUGUCUGGGGGUAAAUUGAAGUCGAAGUCAUCUCACAGUGAUAUUAAUUUAUCUUCUUUGAGAAAGUUGGUUUUGUCGCGGGUUGAUAUGGAUGACCAGAUUUUUCCAAGUCUAAUUUAUAGUUGUCCUGUUUUAGAAGAGUUAGAAAUUGGACGAUGUUACGGGUUGAAAAAUAUACAUUUGCCAGCAUGUCUUCCUAAACUCAUGUCCAUUAAGCUGCUACUCUGUUAUGAAGAACUUGAGAGCUUUGAGAUGGAAGCACCAAAUCUAAAGAAGCUAGUUUUAAAUUCACGCAUUGUGACAGACAAAUGGUUGCACGGUUUCCUUUCUAAACAUCCACUCAUUGAGAGCUUGGAGCUUCAUUCUUUUUGUAUGUUGGAAAGGAUUAAGAUUUCAAGUGAUCGCAUGAAGAGUUUGACCAUUGAUCAAUGCAUUAAUUUGGUUGGAGCUAACAUUGUUACUCCUAACUUACGUAGACUUGAUUAUUGUGGUCAUGUUAUAUCCCUUUCUUCCAACGCUUUUACUCUAUCGGAAGUUAGUCUCAAAUUUGAAGAAAAUACUUCUCUGGAUGUUGAAACAAUUGAAUUCCUCGCAAAGUUAAGUCAUCCAAAAUUAUUGAUUUGGAGAGGUCUUGCCAAGAGUUUGAUUGCUCCAAAAGAAUUGAGAGAAACGCUACCAUCCCCUUUAUAUAAUGUCAAGCAAUUGAAGUUAAAGUUGUAUGGAGGGAAUCCAAGGUAUAGAGAUGAGGUCAUCGAACUUGUAGAUGCAUUGUUAUGGAUUUCUCCACUUCUAGAGAUUCUUCUUAUAGAAUGGAAGACAGAUGAUCUUAAAGAUGAGAAAAUAUCUUUCAUGUUCUCUUAUGAAGCUCCUAUAUACAAAUCAAAAAAUCCAAGUUGUUGCAAAUUUCUUCCAGUUCCGUGUUGGCGGCAUUGCUUAAAGACUAUCAAGAUUGAUUACUUCGGAAGAUAUGCAUAUCUCAAACCUCUAAAGAAAUAUUUUCAUAAGAAUGCAGAAAUAUUAGAGAGCAUCUUAUAAUUUCAAGGACGUAGAUGAUUUGCAAAUGAAAAGAU